UGUUGUUUGUAUCUGGACAUAGCUGCUUCAAAAAGUGGUGAGAAGAAAUGGAACCGAGAUGCAUCCUCAUCCUUCUCCUGGUUGCCAUCUGCUGCAGUCUGGUAGAAUGCACAUCUCUGCGAAAACGGAGAUUCGCACAACAACAGCCACAGCCACAGCCACAGCCACAGCCACAAUCCCUUGGACAGAAUUCCGCAAACACAGGCCUUAGAAACCUGCUUCUUCAAGGUCAAAAUCGAGUCCAAAGUCAGGACCCUGGCAUCGGUGGUACCACGUAUUCGUUACAGAAUAGGUCACCUGUGCCAGUGUAUCAACCAUACUAUGCCAACUACCAACAAGGGAUGUCUCCAUACCAGAGACUCCUUCGGUACUGGAUGAUGAUGAACAGAAUGUACGUCCCUGGGAUGCAGAUCCGUAACGACCCUCGCUUCCCCGGAGGCGGUAUCGUCACUGCGGGGGAUGGCAGAGAUGGCACAGUCGUCAACCGGUACGGAAUGAGGGCCACUGUCGACGGCAGGGACAUUUCAUGGGGUAGCGAGUGGUGAACUUGACAUUUCGAUGUAUAAGCUAGUCAUGUGCCGUGAGCAUGUUGAAUGUUUCUCAAGGCUUCAUUCUCAAUCAUGUCAGAAAAAAACACUAAGCAACAUGUACAGAUGGAAUAGCGAACCGUAGAUAUAUUGUAUAUUCCCUGAUAUCAGAAGUCACUUGCCAGCAAGAAACAAAACUAUAAUCAGCACCUAAGUAAAACAUUCGAAUUAUCCGAGCUUCGACACGUCCGAAAACAGUGAAUAAAGGUGCCAUGCUUUUACUUGAAGACAACCGUAUGUUCAACUCAUCAACGUUUGACAUAACAGUGCUUGUUGUUCUAACACGUGUCACUCGACAUAUCAUCAACAUCAUGAACCUUUCAAUGGCGCAUGAUAUCUUACCUAAACAUUUUAUAAACAAACAAUUUGCAUGUUGUCCAUCUAGUGAUUAAGAUGUUAACUUCAUUGUCUUUUCAGUCGUAAAAUACAGGAACCAAACACAUUUGAUUCUUCAUGUUCAUAACAAAUAUAUUUUUGUUCAUCGGCAAAUGAAAUACGUUACUGCACCAUCAUGACAAUUACGUUUUCUCCCAUCCCACACCCUGGUCGGAUAGGAAAUUGUAUCAUGUCAAUCAGUUUCAUCUAAAAGGGGUUGAAUCAUUGUUCAUUCAGUACACUUGUGGAUAAUAAAGUUUUUUCUCAGUAAAACUA